AUGCAGGCACUGCCAUUUGUCAACACCGGUUGCGACUACGCUGGGCCACUCCUUCUCAAGGAUGGAAAGGGUCGCAAACCACGCAUCAGUAAGGGCUACAUAUGCCUAUUUGUUUGCCUAGUCACGUCGGCAAUCCACUUGGAACUUGCCACUGAUCUCACCACUGAAACGUCCCUGGCAGCGCUGCGGCGCUUCAUAUCUCUACGUGGCAGGUGCAGCAAAAUCUACAGCGACAACGGCACAAAUUUCAUCGGUGCAAAACGCUCACUCGAUGAAAUGCAAACACUACUGGCGUCACAGCAACACACCAACCUGAUCACCCAUACCAUGGCAGAUGAGGGUAUCCAAUGGGUUUUCAUUCCACCACGUGCGCCUCACUGGGGUGGAAAGUGGGAAUCGGCAGUUCGAUCUGUUAAACUGCAUCUUCGGCGAGUCAUCGGAAGCUCAACGCUUACAUUUGCCGAGCAGAUGCGUACCCUACUUGCUCAAGUCAGCGCAGUGGUCAACUCACGACCUCUCUGUUACACACCAGAUACUGAGGUCAACUAUCUAUCGCCAGCUCACUUCUUAAUUGGACGUCCAUACACCGCUAUACCUGAGGCUGACUUGGAUCACAUCCCUGUGGGCCGAUUGGGCUACUGGCAGAGCAUUCAAUCUAUGUACCAAGGUUUCUGGAAAAAAUGGCAUCAGGAGUACCUGACAACGUUGCAAUAG